AUGAACGGUCCUGACGGAUUUAUUGCCGCCUCUGCGGCGACAGUAGCUCGAGAAAAUGCUUCGUGGCUGAUGCGAAGUGCCCGUGGGGCUGCUACUGCAGGGACGGGCGUACAUCCCGCUUGCCAGCUGCAACUUUCCAGCGACAAUAAGACGGAGUCUUCGAGGACGCACGCGGACGCUGGCGACGCUCAUAGAUACAUUCACGGCAACCGCCAGGCUCCUACGGUCCCUCAACCCGCGGACAAAGGUGCACUUUUGCAAGACCUCAGCAUCGCUCUCUUCUCCAAAUUGGCGGAGUCGUUGCCGAAGGACAAAGGGCCCCUCAGCUUUUUGAGCUGGGAAGACGGGAGCUGGUACUGCGGACAUGUGAGGGAGGGGAGUCUCGACGGUUUGGGGGUGUACAGGUAUACUGACAACUCGGUGUACUGCGGACAAUGGGCUCGUGAUCGUCUUCACGGCUUGGGCGUCUUCAUAACUCCCAGCGGAUUUGUAUAUAGAGGUGGCUUUGAGGAGGACAAGCAAAACGGGCCCGGCAUUUUUGUGGUGCCGCAGGGCCCAACAUUCUUUGGGCACUUCCGUGACGGUCGUUUGCACGGCUUUUCGUGCUGUGUAUGUCCAGCUGGAGCUAGUAGGCCGCUGCUGGGAGAGUGGAGAGACGGGGAGUUCUUAAGGGCUUUGCCGGUGCAAGCCCGCAUAGCUGACUUCUACUCUAGGGCUGCAGACUCCCUAGACCUUCUGCAUUGCCCAUGGGCCCCUGUGCCAAUUCCCCUGCCAGACGCCUUCAUUUUCGGCAUUUCUAACGAAGAUAUACCCCAGACUCACGCCCCUCAUCGGAGAGAACACCAGCUUUGCGGUGCUUCGGUGCUGGAAGCCCUCCGCGUAGAGCUCCCCAGGAGUUUGUUGCAACUCGCUGCAGCCGAAGGUGACUGCCAUCCUGCGCACCCCCCCCAAACAAAGCUUUGCAAUGGACGGCUUUCAGGCUGUACGAAGCCUAUGGUGAGAAAGCGGAAGGCCAGCACGUUAAAGGCGCAAAGCAAAGAGGCAGCCCCAACAAGCACCCGGAACAAGGGGUUUGGCGGCGAUGCCUGCGCCGCGAACGGAGGGACAUCCGCUCCUCCUAGAGCAACGACUACAAAGGCGCAGCUGUUGAGGUGGGAAAGUGAGGCUCGAAAGCUGCCUCGUAUUCCACACCUGAACUACAACCGCGUGCUCGGUCGGUGGUACGCUCGGGUUCGAGACCCGGCCAGCGGUCGCCGUAUCUGGAAGGGCUACACGUGUGCAGUUCACGGCUUCUUCGAGGCCCGGGAUAUGGCGAUUGACCGGUUAAGGCAAUUUAGCCAGCUGGUCUCGCCCCUCCCAGGUGCAACCCCAGAAGAUUCUGCAGCAGUGGAAGAAGGCCACGACCCCUCGGCCGUAGCAGCUUCUCCUGACCAGCAUCUCCAGCAAGACCAAGAGCAGGAGGUGUGCUAUGAAGGAACGCAGCGCUCCAACGCAUCUGUAGAGAUAUGUGCUAUCUCCGACGCACCCACAGUAAAAGUAGGACGGCCUUCGGAAGAAGCCUUCACACAAGAAGCCGCUCGUCCUGCAGCCGCAGCGUCAGCAGCUGUGUCCGCUGCUUGCGAUUCUGAAAAAGUACCGACUCAAGACGUGGUGACUCCUUCUACAACGGGAACCCAAGAAGGAGGAGACAUUUCAGUAGAUGAGAAGAUUUCCCCAGGGAACGGGAGUCAGGGAAAUCUAAGCACUGGGCUUUUCACUGGCAAGGCAAUCGCUCCAGCUGCGAUUGAGGCCCCGUGCGGUACCAACAGUGAGGACACACAAGAGCCCCUUGAAUGUGUUUCGAAACUUUGCAAGAAUGCGAAGGAGCAAUUGCCCGUCUUCCCGUCUGCCGGACCGCCCUGCGGGGCAGAGGCAUCAGGAAGCUCUUGCUUACAGCAGGAAAAAGGUUUUGUACAGGACGAAGAAAGCAUUUCGUGCAGCAGGUUGACAACAGCAGACUGUAGUGAUUCUGCACUUAGUCGCUGCACCCCCACAUAUUAUGAAAGCGCCUGA